AAAGACGCACUCACCAAACAACCGACCAACCAAUCAACUAAUUUAGUCAGGUAGCAAACUUUUGAAACAGUCCCCAAGGGUAACAAAUAACGACGAGGAUGAGGAUGUUCGCCAUUGUUUUUGUGGUGGCGCUAACCACAGGCGCUGCAUACGCUGGCACUGCGCAAGUGGUGCCCACCCGCUCAGCCACCGACCUGGCAUUCGACAUGUACAACAGCUGCUUGAAGGACUUCAGCACCAGUUGUGUACAGCCGAAGGCGAUGCAAUGGUUCAAUCAGGCACUUCAGCAGGACGAAAUUCAAAUCACCGAUAAGCUUUCGAUUGUGCGCACUAGUCGCGUGGCGCCCACACAGCAACGCUCUUACGAUGCACAAGAGCAAAUGUUUAACGAUAUCGACAACUUUUUAGCCACACACGCGUUACGCGUCAAAGCGCCGGAAUUCUUCAGCAGCGAGGAAGCGCGCUCCUAUGUGCCCGACUUUUUGUUAAGCAAUGCCUUGACUAAGGAUUCUGUAGUGCCGUUGGCGGAUCGUGAUCCCAAUCAAGGUCGCGGCAUGGUUCGCAAAGUGCUGUUGCCCUUCCUCAUUGGCUUGAAACUGAAGACUACCGUUUUGGUGCCGCUUGCGCUGGCCUUGAUCGCGCUCAAAACCUGGAAAGCCAUGACAUUGGGCUUGCUGUCGUUAGUUCUCUCUGGUGCUUUGGUCGUCUUCAAGAUUGCCAAGCCAAAGAUCAUCAACUAUGAAGUGGUGCACUACCCACACCAUGUCGAGCAUGUGGAACAUAUUGAACACAUUCCUCACCAUGUCGAUCACUUCCCUCAUCAUGUGGAACAUAUUGUGCCGCAUCACAUCGAUAUCGUGCCACACCAUGUGGAGCGCCAUGUCGAACACCACUUGGAUUUGCCUCAACAUGUGGAACAUGUUGAGCAUUUCGAACAUCCGUCGCCCGCUUGGGAUCCACAUGCUUGGGCGCGUUCGUCACAAGAGCCACAAGAUGCACAGGAUAUGGCUUUCGCUGGCCAAAGGCAACCUUAAAUGGCGGUUCGCUGUUAUUUAAUUGAAAAUGAUUUCGAAACUUUUGCAUUCGAACGCUAAUUGACGACAAUGUGGCGCUUUUAUUUAUUAUUUCGUUUAGGUUUAAGUAUGGCACAAGUUUCCAAAGAAAUUAUUUAUUGAAAAAAAUAACAAAAAAAUACUAGAAAAUAUUAUUUAUUUGCUCCCUUGUACAAAAUUUGUUAUUAUUUAUUUCUAGCGAA